AACUUUAGAGGUUGGGGUGUUGUUCCAGUGUGCCGUCGGUAGGGGGCAGCAAACGCUCCUCCAUCAUGUGACACUGAUCUGUCUCAGUGUUUGAUAAGAAACUGACAGAGCGCUGAACCUUCAGGGGUGACCAUCACUUCCAAACAUGUCUCUCUACCGAAAUGCCAUCUGGUUUUUGAAUGGGAUCCACCACUAUACAAGGAAGGGGUACGAGGCAGCAGCUCAAAACUUUGAUCCCAAGGACUUGGAAGUGUCUGUUGUGGGCCGAUCCUUUAUGAUUACUGGAGCCAACAGUGGAAUCGGCAAAGCGGCAGCCAUGGCCAUAGCCAAGAGAGGCGGCACCGUCCACAUGGUGUGCAGAAAUAAAGAGAGAGCAGAAGAGGCCCAGUCGGACAUUAUUUCUCAGUCUGGGAACACGGAAGUGUACGUCCACAUUGUGGACAUGUGCCAGACUUCUAAAGUGUUGGAGUUUGCUGAAGCUUUCAAAAAGCAGCAUGCAUCACUCCACGUCUUGAUUAAUAACGCAGGUUGCAUGGUGCACAAAAGAGAGCUGAAUUCAGAAGGCCUGGAGAAGAACUUUGCCACCAACACCAUGGGAGUGUACAUCCUCACUCAGACCCUCGUACCACUUCUGCAGAAGAGCCGUGACCCCAGAGUGAUCACUGUGUCCUCUGGAGGCAUGCUCGUCCAGAAGCUGCGGGUUGUUGACUUGCAGACAGAGAAGGAGCGCUUUGAUGGUGUCAUGGUUUACGCACAAAACAAGAGACAGCAGGUGGUGCUGACAGAACACUGGGCCAGAGCUCAUCCAGUCAUUCACUUUUCUGUCACGCAUCCAGGAUGGGUCGACACACCAGCUGUGUCUUCAUCAAUGCCUGAGUUUCACCGGAUGAUGGAGGGCCGGCUGCGCACUGCGGAACAAGGAGCUGACACUGUGGUGUGGUUGGCUCUGUCCAGGGCUGCUGUUAGAAAACGCAGCGGUCAGUUUUUUCAAGAUCGUAGGCCGGUUCCGACCCAUCUUCCUCUGGGCUGCACUCACAGUUCCAAUCAGGAGAUUCAGACUUUCAUAACUCAGCUGGAAACUCUGGCUCAAACUGUUCAGUCAAAGCCUGAUGAAGACCUGUGCAGACCUCAGUUUGUCUAGAUUAUAUUAUUUACAUGAAAAAAAAACAUUAAUGGAAUUCACUAUAAAAUGUUCUAAUUUUAAGUCCUUCUGAUUUACUACCUAAAAAAUGACUUGCAUUUUUAAAUCAAACUUUGUCUAAUUUGGCUUGUUAUAAACAUUUGAUCUGAAAAUUCUGAUUAAAGUGUAAACAACUGAUUUGAGCUUAAAAUGUCUUUUAGAUAAGCAGUUUCUGGAGGCUGUUAUGAAGAUCUAAGUGAGUCAUGUGAAAACUUCACAAUGUGGUUGAUCUUUUCAAACCAAAAGCAGCCGGUAAAUUGAUUGAUUAUAGUUUAAAGAAGAAAAAAAUCUUGUGAAGAAAGUUUUGAUUCAGUUUGCGAAAAUGACUAUAUGGAUUUUAUUAUUAAUGCAGUUUUGUUCAUUUAUUAUGUAACAUUUUAGUAGCAAGGUGAUCCUAAUGUGGAAGAGGUGAAAAAAAGAAAGUUAUGUAAGACUCAUAAAAUACAAUUAACAUUGAGCACAUUUAGGCUGCUAUGAUUUAAAACAAAUAUUUAAAAAGGAAUUCAACCUUUAGCAAAAUUUUAAUAGAUUAAAUGAUAAAAUUGUUGCACUUCACAAUUAAAUCUGAUGUUCGUCCUUACAAGGGUGACGAACAAAAAUACAAACAUACAACCAUAAAAAACAAAUUAAUUAAUUAAAAAACUGAAUAAUAAUAAUAAAAAAAAACGACAAUAUCAAUACAUGAAUGUAAUAAGAUGAUAAAAUGCAACCAUUUCA